CCCCCUCGGUCGCAGAGUGGAUCGCAGUGAGCAGGCACAGGAAAAAGUAUUUGGAAGUAGGACGAGGCAGCCUGACUUCACUUGCAAGCACGGGCGCCGACUCUAAACACAGCGGAGAAGUUUGCCGCGUCUGAAGAGGGAGCGAGCCGCCUCCGACGUGUAUCGCCCUGAUUAAUAUUUAUUUUUCCUACUUUACGCGAGACUAAACACUGAGCGCCAGGAAGAAUGCACAAGCGCACCAAGAUAAAUAUUGCCAUUUUUGUGCUGCUGGUGGGCAUGGCCUGCAUGUUCACCGCGGUGGUGACGGACUACUGGGCCGUGCUCAGCCCUCAGGUGAAGAAGGUCAACGACACCUGCGAAGCGGCUCACUUUGGCCUGUGGAGGCUGUGCAAGAAGCAAAUCUACAUCAGCGCUGACAUCUACCAGGAGAAGCAUGGAUGCGGACCCAUCAGCCUGCCAGGAGAUGAAAACUGCACUUACUUCGGCCACUUCACUCCAGGACAGGACACGGAGAUAUUUGAACACAAAACACAGAAAGAGUACAACAUCUCCGCUGCAGCCAUCUCCAUCUUCAGUUUGGCCUUCAUGAUCUUGGGAUGCCUGUGUUUGAUUGGCUCGUGCACCGGCAAAGGCAAAGGACGACUAUACCUUCUCAAACCUGCUGGAAUGUUCUUUGCGUUUUCAGGUCUGUGUUCGUUCAUCUCCUUGGAGGUGAUGCGUCAGUCGGUCAAACGCAUGAUCGAGAGCGAGGACACCAUCUGGAUCCAGUACUACUACAGCUGGUCCUUCGCUUGUGCCUGCGUCGGUUUCAUCCUUCUCUUUCUCACCGGCAUCGCCCUCCUCAUCCUCUCCAUGCCACAAAUGCCCAGGAACCCAUGGGAGACUUGCAUGGACGCUGAGCCCGAGCAAGCGGAGUGACGAGAGCAAGGAUUCAGUAUGAAGAGCUGGCCAAAAAGAGAGGGGGUGGCUUGGAAGGACCAUGGCCAUAAUUGGAAAAUUUACCUCUCAACCAUUAAACAACUUGAAUGUAGGUCUUUUGUAUACGUUUCUGGAAUAUUUACAGUAAAUAAAAAGUGGGAUGUCAUCUCUUAAA